AGCAAACGCGCGCGACGAGAGACGAGAUCAGUACCAUGGCAGAUCUCAAGGUUUUUUUCGGCCUGCUGAGCGGGCUGUGCCGCAAGGAGUACUACGACGAUGCUACCAUUACCGACGAGUUUCUUCGCAGUGAACUCUUUGCCGAUGCUAAACCUGAAGUCUACAAGAAGCAAAAGGCCAUGGCCCAAGGCUUGAUCAGCGCAGCCCUUGACGCUGAACUGAGCUUGAACGAUGUUCCUGCCUUUGCUGACCAACACCAGCUCUCGGAGGAUCAAGCCAAGGCGUUUGCCAAGUUUUGGAAGUCGAAUCAAAGCAAGCUGCGGGAUGUGUUGAUUCAACGCACCGCUUGGCGCCCCAAACUAAAGAAAUCCAGCUGGCGAGUGGACUCGACCAUUAAAACCAGCCGUGUUGAUGAGACCAACGUGCAACAUUUGCUGCUUGAAUUGGCUGUGGUGGAGCAAGGCAAGGAGAGUCUACGCCUCAUGAGCCUGGACGCUGCCGGCGUGGACCGCCUGCUGGAGGACAUGGAGCGCGUGGACGCGCUCCUGGGCGGGACGGUUGGCACGAGUUCAUAAGCCAGCCAUAGUCUAGCGAUGUCUAUCAUCACUCUUCAAGAACACCAUGGCGGGGGUUGUUGUUGUUGGUUUCACAGCGUGGACUCGGACAGGCUCUUGCCUACAACAUUAGCGGUUGUGCGAUAGCAAAAGGCACACCAAGCUGGGUGAGCACGGCCCGUGCG